AGAAAAAGAGUACAUUUCCCGAGAGAACUGACAUUGGUGUGCAGGCCUCAGUGGAUAAAGAGCACCAAGAGGAGGAGGAGGAGCCUGAGACCAGGGAGGUGGAGCAACACCAGUGAGAGGAGAUGUAUGAAGAAAAAGAUUCAAUUACCGAGAGAACUGACAUUGGUGUGCAGGCCUCAGUGGAUAAAGAGCACCAAGAGGAGGAGCCUGAGACUAAGGAGGUGGAGCAACACCAGUGAGAGAAGGCAAAAUAUUGGGAUCUGGUGCAUAACCCCCUGUUCACACGCUCUGGAAUCUCGGGGAGAGACACGCUCCGGUGUUUCCCCCCUUCUGUGGGUACCCAUUUAUGGACGCCUGGGUCACCACCCUGUGUGUUACGGUCAACAUGUGCUGGUCAGCUACCUGGCCUUGAACACUGAACCUCUCGAUUCAGUGUCAGCGCUCAUACCUCCUGAGCCACUUGGUCCUGCACAUUUUAUGACAAUUCUCCUGGCGUAUUCAUCUUUUGUUUGUUUUAGAUACGAAGGAAAAAUGCACAAGCAAGCAAAGUCUAACCUGGCCUUGAACCCUGAACCUCUUGAUUCAAUGUCAGUGCUCAUACCCUGUGAGCCACUUGGUCCUGCACAUUUUGUGACAGUUCUCCUGGCGUAUUCAUCUUUUGUUUGUUUUAGAUACGAAGGAAAAAUGCAGAAGCAUGCAAAGUUUAACCUGGUCAUGAACCCUGAACCUCCUGGUCCACUGUCAGCACACUUACCGCUGAGCCACUGGGUCCUGCUUGUCUUUAUCUUUCGGUUUACGUUUUAGAUACGUAGGUAAAAUGCAGAAGCAUGCAAAGUUUAACUUGGUCUUGAACCACCUGGUCCUGCUAUCAGUGCUCUUAUGAUUGAGCCACUGGGUCCUGCUCUCCUUCAUCUUUUGGUUUACGUUUUAGAUACGUAGGUAAAAUGCAGAAGCAUGCAAAGUUUAACCUGAUCUUGAAUCCUGAACCACCCAGUCUACUGCCAGUGCUCUUACCACUGAGCCAAUGGGUUUCUCACACUCCUGCUACAUUCCUCUUCCAUUCAAGCCACUUUGAUCGCAUAAGAAAUGUAAAAUAGUACACAAAAUCUUCAACACAUUGGCUCAUUUAUCUUUUAAGUUCCAUCUACAUAGGAAAAAAUGUAAAAGCUUGUGAACUCCAAAAACUUGGACUUGAACUCCAAACCACUGGUCUAGUGUUAGUGCCCACAACUCUUAGCCACCGGAUCCUGCAUUCUUGCGACCGUUCUCUUGGCACAUUUAUCUUUGAUUGUAUACAUCUAGAUUACAGAAGAAGCGUCUGUGAGCACAUGAAGUAGGUCAAACUGAACUUGAACCCUAAACCACACAGUCUAAGAUUAUGUUGGUUCAUACCACUGGACCACUGCUCCCAACACGUUGUGGCUGGUUCACGUGGUUUAUCUUUUUAAUAUACAACGUCAAUCAAUCUGUGCAGCGCACACACCCAUACCAUACAUUAUAACAUAGCAGUUAUAAAACUUGAGUCUCACAUGCUUAUGAUUGAUUUCCACAGGCAGUGGGGGGUGAAGACUUCAACUCCCAUCAUUCUGUGCUCCAUCAGUGUUGUCGAGCUGUGCUUUUGUAAUUGUUUUGCGACCUCUAGUGACAAAAUGCAUACUGUUCCUUUAAUGACCAUUUAUUUCUGCAAUUUUUUUCUUACUAAUCUCAUUAAUUCUUGUGUGCUUUGUGCUGAUAAUUUACACACCAAGUAUAUAAAUGGAGUACAAAUGUAGAACAUGUAAUGCUGUGCCUUGUCCUAAUGUACAAGAUCCACUAGCUUACUCAAGUCAAAAAUCAGGAUUAGAAUCCUAGACCAUCAGGUCUCGUGUCAGGGCUCAUAAUUCUGAACCAUUAGAGCCAUGUAUAAUAAAAUACUGUUUCUUACAG